UGGAGAAAUCACUCCUUCCCGAGGGCCAAAAAUAAGUGUCGUGUCAAGAAAAAGAGUGCGUGUGUCCCGAGACAAGAUCUGAACCAAGGGCCUUAAGAAAAAGGAGUAUUUUGCCACUCUGUUGUAGGUCCAUCCCAACCACGAACUAAAUAUACGUCCGUUAUCCCAACGCAUCCAUACUCGGAACAAGAAACUUAAACAAAGACCGCAAUGCCAAUAAUAGAAAAAAAUUUGCAGUAAACAAAAAUUAGGGGAAACACCGUAUAGCAUUAAAAUAUAGCAGUUCCACAAUUUUAAAGUGUUUGUUGGUGACACAGGAAAUGAAACCGAAAAAUGUCCAAAAGUUGAUACUGUAGUCCUCUCCCCUGCCAACCUAACGCCUCCGCAUUCAAUGUUUACUUCCGGUUGAAAGACAGGCCACGCGAGAGCCACUGAAAGGGGGUGACUAUUGGUUUUAUUUGUGUCGAUGUCCUGCCAGGAAGAAAGUUAUGUCGCUGCCAGUUGAUGGCGAUGUCCAUGAGCUUCGUUUGGGGCAAAGCUUUGAGCCCCAUUCACGAGUGGCAUUUCAUUCGUUUCGAUAUGACUUUAAGCCAGCUUCAGUUGACACAUCCAAAGAAGCAAAGGUAGAAGUUGGGGAAGGUCACCAAGUAACUGUCACUGUCCCUCAUGUUGCUGGGGCAGGUACAUCUCAUACAGUAUUCAAGGGAAACAAGAAACCCACAGCCAAAGAAUGUGUGCUGAUCAUAGACCAUGAAACAGGCACUUACACAUUGGAGAAGCUGGACCAGAGUGUGCUAGUUAAGAAAACCAGAUUUGAGGGUAGUGGUAAAAAUCAUCGUCCCACCACACCAGUUGAUGCUAAAAAGUCUUCACCAUCUAAAGGCAAAAACUCCAAGAGCAGUCCCUCUUCAAUGCGAGAUUCCCCCUCAAUAACACCUCUUCACAGUGAUGCAGAUAAAGAUGACAUUGCCCGUAUCCAUGACCUGAGUUCGGAUUCAGAUGCAUCUGAAGAUGAGGAUAUGGUGGAGGUUCCGGAUGGGACAUCAAAUGGUGUGUACCAGAAUGGAUUUGGGCAGCCCACACCAACAUACACUUCUGUUGACAGCAUGCUGAAGGAUGACUUGGAACUGAGUGAGUCAGGAAGUGAUAGUGACUGAAGAGCAGAAGAUUGCUUUUGAAAGAAUGUAGAAUUCUUUUAGAUCAGACUUCUGAGGAGGUGUUAAGUAAUGGAGUUAGUGGUGUAUAUUUUACUUCCGCACUGCUUUUACACUGGUCGUAACAUUGUAAUAUUCAUGUUUUUGUGUUUUAUUUAAUGUUUGUUUUUGAUGCAUGAUUGGUUUUGUGAUGAUAUGUCUUGAACGUGUGGAAAUGCUAUUUUAUUAGUACACUGCAUGAUGCUGGAACUCAGUCUUGUCAACAUUCAAGUACACCAUUAUUGUCAACAGCUUCUGCCAGACAACAUUGCUGUGAAAUGAUUUUGCUGCCAUUUUUUUUAUCUUUUGUGUUCACUUGGUCAAAGCUGUGGACAAUGAAGAGCAUUUUUUUUAUGCUUGAUUGCUUUAAGAGAACAGGUUAUUACAAAUCUGUACAGUGUCUUCUGUUUUUCUUCUUCUAUUUGAAACAGACAAAUGCCAGCUUAAUGUACUUGAGAUUUAAUUUAUUGCCUGAAGGUAAAAAAAGGGAAAUUAAGUAUCCAAAAAUUAAUCCUCAUUCUUUGACAACCCAUUACAAAAACAGAUAGAAUGUGUGUUUUUUCUGAUUUAUCACUACUACAUUUAUAUUAGAUAUUAACUGGGGUGAUCAUCACAGUUCUUGCUUGGUGGUUGGAACUAGUUUCUUGCCUAAAUUGCAGACUUGAUUUUGUGCUAAAAUGAUGUGCUAUAAACAAGAAAGUGAGGUACCUUUCCCUUUUAAUCCCCGAAAAAUUAUAAAGUGGUAACAUGCAAAGGUAUUGCAAAAGCUUCCGUUACAUGGAGUUAAGUAGGAUAUGUGAACGUUUUUGAAAUAAGAAGAAUAAUUAUUGGAACAUGCAACAGGGGAAACAGGUGGAAGAAAUUCUAAAUUUAUACUAAAACUUAACAGCUUGAACAUUUUUAUUAUAAAAUUUGUUUGUCGGAUUGUGAUAGAAUGGUGGCAUGCAAUGUGCAUUUGUGCUGAGAAAUCAUGUUAAAUGACAUGUGUUACAUGUACACUCAGCCAACCUGCAUAUACUCUUGAGACAGUACUGUAGCAGUAUUUUUAUUUAUAAAUUGUAAACUCUCCAUAAUCCAAAAGCAAAACAUAUUACCUGCUUUUGCAGGAUUUCAUUCUCAUGCGGAGAACUGUUUGAGUAAAACCACUGGUCAUUUGUCAGUUUCUCCUACUGAUGUUCAGCCACAUUAAGGAGGCCAUCUUCCCCUCUGAUACUACUGUCAGUAUUGCAUAGGCAGCACUACAUGAAAGUAAGUAGUAGUAUGCUACUGAGAAACACUGGCGCAAAAAAAAGGCCCCGAAAGCAGUGAAGAAUGUAGGUUUCAUAGUUGAACUAGGUGGUAGAAUUCUGUGUAAUUGCUUAUCCCCUGUCCAUGCUCAUGAUUGUUCUUCUAUUGAAAUCAAAAUGGUUCAUCAGAAGAGUUUUGAAGGCAGCAUGUUGUUGUAAGGUGUUGAAACAGAACUGUACAGAAAAAAAAAUUAUAUAUAUAUAAGCUGAAAUCCUUUCAGAUUUACUCCAUCACCAAAUGUAACUACAAUUAAGAUGUAAUUUGCUGCAAUGUGAAUAGUCUUAGUAACUUAUAAAGCUUCGAAAACAAGACUAGUGCUUUAAAAGUGUGCAAGUCACCAGGUGUUAAAGGUGAUUAAAAUGUCCGAUUGAUGUUA